AAAAUUUUUCUAUCCAGUGUUGCCAAGUUGAAAUGCAAUUAAACUGCCAAUCAUCAGCUGUAGGUUGUUUUGUUUUGAUUUUGCAAAUAACUUUCUUCAAAAGUCAUUUGCUCUGGCACCCAUCAAUUCAGUUAUAUUAAUUUUUUAUCCAGAAAAAGAAAAUGGGUCGAGUUUUUUUAGAGCAUAUGGGUGGCAAUCGUCUUUUUUCUUGUGCUAACUGUGGAACUAAUUUAACAAACAGAUCAGAAUUAAUAAGCACCAGAUUCACUGGGGCCACUGGCAGAGCUUUCUUAUUUAACAAAGUUGUCAAUUUGACUUACAGUGAAGUGCAAGAUAGAGUAAUGCUAACAGGACGUCAUAUGGUGAGGGACGUUUCCUGCAAAUCGUGUGAAAACAAAUUAGGAUGGAUGUACGAAUUCGCCACUGAAGAUAAUCAAAAAUAUAAAGAAGGUAGAGUGAUUUUGGAGCGAGCCCUGGUAACCGAAUGUGACGGCAUGGAAGAUAGAGUUUAUAAUGUAAGACGAGGCCGUGAUAUCAGAAAUUAAAUUCUUUUUGUCCAAAAGUUGUUAUUAACAGAUAUAUACGAAACUGUCAGUUAUUAAAAUGUAGUUGCUCCCUAGGCUCUGAGCGUUGCCUCAAUGUGCCAAACUACAGGUUGAUGUCAGUACAAUAUAUGAUAGGCUUUGUUAGAAGUUAGUGUAAGGCCAGUCCAGUGUAUUUGGAACUGGCAAUUAUUAUCAGAUAGAUAUCCGGUUAUAUGUAAUAAUAGGAACUUAACGUAAAUAAACAUUAUUGUGUGAAUUUAACUAAAAUUGCUCUCCCUCAGUUAGUACUAGUAUUAUAUUUUUUUUAAUAAUUGACUUAACAACCUAUUUGACAUAAAUUAAUUUUAAUAGCCAUUUGUUAUCAUUAUUAUUUUGUUAUUACAGCUCUUCAGUCAUAUCCCAAGAAUUGACCUUUUCAAUUUCUUUUGUUUUCACAUCCUUCCCUUCUUCAGUUGUCUUUCUUGUUUUUCCAAAAGAAACACUUUGUUUAUUAAGAUUUUAACUGCAUCCAAAGUAGUUUGCCCGAAGCUAUAAUCAUCUCUUUUGUUAUUUCGUCGUCAGUAGCUUUUUCAUUUUUCAUCCGUUUUAGGGCAUUUUUUACUUCCUUGUACUCCAGUAAAAGUAAAUAUGCAUUUAACUGAUAAUCAAUACUUUUUUACUAAUAAGGAGGUUGUUUUAAAUCCCUUCUUGCUUUUUGAAUCCCUUAGUAUUAGUUUUUAUUUUAUUUUGUACUCGUAAUAGGUAUGAUAUUCUAAUACAGAGUUUAUACAGUGCGUCCAUAAAGUAACGCAUAAAUUCAUUAUUUCGUAAACCGGCGACUUUCAGAAAAAAUCCCGAAACAUGUCGAUUUUUAUUUUUAAAAUGCGAUUUUUUGCAUAUACAGCGUGUCUGCGUAACUUGGAACCAUAUGGGAAACUUUUUUAAUAUCAAUUUUACGAAACAAAAGUUAUUCUUUAUAAAGUGCUCUGCAUAGUCCAAAACCUAAGACACAAUCAUCAGAUAUCAAAUUUUAUCAACGGUAUACGAGGUAUGUCAAAAAAUAUGAAUUUCGCUCAAGAGUAAAGUGCCUUUAUAUUUCACAAUAUUGAAAAGUGUCAUUAAGGAAAGUUGUUUGUAAUUAAAAAUUAUGUUAUAAUCUGCAUUUGCACUCUUCUAAUUGAAAAAAAAUUUGAAAACUUUCCUUAUAUCACGGACAUCCAACAUCAUUUUUAUUUAUGGUAGCUCCGUUAUUAUUAAUUUUUCGAAAAAAAGUUAUUCUUUAUAAAAAGUUUUGCAUAGUCUAAUAACCAAGAUAAAAUUAUAAGAUAUUAAAUUUUGUCAAUUUUAUACGAGGUAUGUCAAAAAAUAUGAAUUUCGCUGAAGAGUAAAGUACCUUUAUUUUUCACAAUAUUGAAAUUUGUUAUUAUAAAAAGUUGUUCAGAAUUAAAAAGUAUCUUUCAAUAUGAAAUGGCAUCCUUCUAUUUGAAAUAUUGUGAACUAUAAAGGUAUUUUACUUUUGAGUGAAAUUCAUAUUUUGACAUACCUCGUAUAGAAUUGAAAAAAUUUGAUAUCUUAUGAUUGCGUCUUAGUUUUUUGACUAUUUAGACAUUUUUAUAAAGAAUAACUUUUUUUCGCAAAAUUAAUAAUAACGGAGUUAUCUUAAAUAAAAAUGAUGUUGGGUAUCCGUAAUUAGUAAAAUUUUCAAAAGUUUUUUUUUUUCAAUUAGAAGAGUGUAAAUUCAUAUUAUAACAUAAUUUUUAAUUACAAACAACUUUUCUUAAUAACAAUUCUCGAUAUUCUGAAAUAUAAAGGCACUUUACUCUUGAGCGAAAUUUAUAUUUUUGGACAUACCUCGUAUAUUAUUGAUAAAAUUUGAUACCUGAUGAUUGCAUCUUAGGUUUUAGACUAUGCAGCAUUUUAUGAAGAAUAACUUUUUUUCGUAAAAUUGAUAUUAAAAAAGUUUCCCAUAUGGUUCCAAGUUACGCAGACACCCUGUAUACCAUACUAGUGACGUCAUCAAUCUGGGCGUGAUGACGUAAACGAUGAUUUUUUUAAAUAAGAAUAAGGGUCAUGUUAUAGCUUAUUUGAAAGGGUAUUUAAUGCUCUAUUCAUAAAUAUAAACAUUAACAUAAUUAUUUAUACAGGGUGUUCAAAACAAAUUUUUAAUUAAAUUAUUUGAGACAAAAAGAAGAAUAUUAUGUAAUUUAUUUAAUUCAAAAUACGUUUUCCUAUUGUCAGAAAACUGGAAAAAAAUAUUUAUUUGAAAAAUAAACAUUGAUUUUCGCUUAGACGAAUAUGUUCAAACUGCAAUGAGGCAGGUGGGUGAAAGCUUUAACAUUGAAUUUAAGUAAAAAAGAAUAUUUAUUUGUCAAAUAAACAUUUUUUUCCAGUUUUCUGACAACAGGAAAACGUAUUUUGAAUUAAAUAAAUUACAUGUUAUAUUCUUCUUUUUGUCUCAGAUAAUUUAAUUAAAAUAUUUUUGAACAUUCUGUAUAAAUAAUUAUAUUAAUGUUUAUAUUUUUAAAUAGAGAAUGGAAUAUCCUUUCCAAUGAGCUAUCACAUAAACCAUAUUCUUAUUUAAAAAAAUCAUCGUUUACGUCAUCACGCCCAGAUUGAUGACGUCACUAGUAUGAUAUAUAUGCCAAAAAAUCGCAAUUUAAAAAAUCGACCUGUUUCGGGAUUUUUCCUCAAAGUCGUCGGUUUACGAAAUAAUGAAUUUAUGCGUUACUUUAUGGACGCACUGUAUUUAUAGCCACAUACAGGCUAAAUAUACAAUUUUCAACUCUUUUUUUUAACUUCUUAAUAAUAAGAGAGGUAUACGUUUAUUCUUUUAGUCUUGAAUAAUGCUUCUUUGUUUUUUUUUAUGGUGUAAGAAUAUGCUUUUUUGGAUGAGCUUUGGUUUGUAUUUUCUUUUCUUUCUCUUCUUAACAUUUUCAAGAUCUGCGCCAAUUUGACGUAUCUUAAUUUUUUCGUUUUCUUUAAAUUGAAAUUAAUUUAUUGUCUUGCUAAUAAUUUAUUAAAAAAUAUGUGUUUAUUUAGUUACGUCUUAUAAUAAACCAUUUUAAUGCUGUUUGAAAUUCAAAUUUAAAAUAUGAAGUGGUAUACUUUGUCAGACCUCAAACUUGGUCAACGUUUUGAUUCGAAAUAUAGUGAUUUAUAAAGCUUUUUUGAAGACAUUCAAGUUAAGAACACUGAUGAUGACUGAGAUAAAAUAUGAAGUAUGAAUAUUCUAAUCUUUAAGAUGUUUUUAUUUAACUGACCUAUAUUUGAUUCCAUCGAUUAUUCAAUAAUAAUUUUUAUUAUAUUCUGUUUUCAAAAAAAAAGGUUUUUCUUAACUAUAAAAGCUUUUUCUUUAUCUUCUUAAGAUGGCUUACAUUUCUGCAAAGUCGUCUACCGUACAUUGUCUUGUCAGGUGAGAUGUUAGAUAGUCAGCAUUAAAUAACUCUGUGUUUAGCAGCAUUAUAAAAUUAUAAUAUCAUUUCAUAGCUGUGUAUUCCUAUCAAUUGGCGAAUAUUACGCAGCUAUGAUAUCUUUUUACGUCCCAGACCGCUUUUAACCCUCUGUCUUUCCUUGGAGUACUAGUUGCUGAAAAGUGUAUUGUUCUCCUCCUAAUAUAUACCCUAAGUUACAUUCUUCUUACUUUUUACAUAAUCAAAAACUUCCUAAUCCUGGAAUUCCGCUCUUCUAACACUUCCUCAUUUAUGACGUGGUCCUUCCAUAAUAUUAUAUUCUAAGCAUUCGACGCAGGCUUUACAUUUCAAGAACUUUAAGUUUGUUAAUAUAUGACCUUUAAGGUCCAUGCUUCCAUUCCGUACAAGAGAACAGGCUAAACGUAACAAUCUAGCGUCUUGAAUCUCAGGUUGAAAUCCAACUUGCGAUCAGUCAGAAAUUUACGAAGUUUCAAAUGAACAUUUCUGGCUUGUUCUACCUUGCUCUUAUUACUAUACAUACCCAGUUUACCUACAAUUCAAAAGUACUCAGUUUGAGUGUAUGCUUAACUUGAAUCUCAUAUCGUCAAAAUGACUCCAUAAUAUUUAAGAACAUAAAAAAAUUAUAGUAAAUCUAACCAAAACAGACAAAAGUAAAUAUAAGUCACUAUUCAAAAGUUUGUACUCGUUUACCCUUUCCAUUGGAAAUAUUAAUUUUGUUUUGGUGUAAAAUAGCAAGUAACUAAGCAUCUAGAAUUUGUUAUCUUUUGUAUCCAAAGUCAUAAAACAAAAUAUGGCAGAAUUCGAUGGUUUCUUAAUGUUGUAUUAAACUUUUAUACAUUUUUAAAAGACACGACACUUUUGUAUAACUUUUAGUAUUUUCUAUUCAUCCAAUAUUUAAAAAAGUAAUCGCACUUUAUAUGUUGGGAAUUACGGCAGUUUAUACUUUAUCUGGGAAUCCACUGAUCCCAGAAAGCCAUUGCGCAUCCGCUAGAAAAAAUAUUCUGAUUCGGAUUUUUUGCACAGUCUUACUCAAAAACGACCCUUUUUAACAAAUUUGCAUGUUGCCAGGUCCAAAAAUGAGUGAAAAAUUUUUUAAACGUUUUUUUUUGUUGUUUUCUUAAAAUUAUUUUUUUGCAUCGAACAAAGUUUUUUUAGGUUUUUUGGAUCAUUCCAAACAGAAAAGAUCUUUAGUGACUUUUCUCUAAAGUUGAUAGUUUUUGACAUAUAAGUGAUUAAAAAUUUGAAAAUUGCGAAAUCGGCCAUUUUUACCCCUCAUAAACUAUGUGAAAAACUGAAAAUUUCAAUGUUGCCAAGGCAGGUAGAUAUUCUUUAAACAUCGAUUGAUGAAAUCCCGAAGAGUUUUUUGCAAUACAAUAUCGAAAACCCCUUUUUUUAAUUGCUAAUCAAGCGGGCGCGACAUUAUUUUCAACCGUUGCAUGUAUAUAUUAUUAUGUAAUAUGCGUAAAUAUAUUUGCUGAACAAUAUUCUGAUUCAGUUUUUUUCACCAUCUUGCUUGAAAAGGUUCCCUAUUAACAAAUUUACAUGUUGCCAGAGUAAAAAAUAGGUCAAAAAAUGUUUUCAAUAUUUUUUUUUAAACUUCAAAUGUUUUCCGAUUACAUCUACAAAUAUGCAACGGUUGAAAAUAGUGUAACGCCCGCUUGAUUAGAAAUUAAAAAACAAAGGGGUUUUCGAUAUGGUAUUGUAAAAAGCUCUUCAGGAUUUCAUCAACUGAUGCUCAUAGAAUAUCUGCGUAAAUUGGUAACAUUGAAAUUUUCGGUUUUUCUCAUAGUUUUUGAGGGUUAAAAAUGGCUGGUUUUUGUAAUGUUUUCAAUCGCUUAUAUCUCGAAAACCAUUACAUUUAAAGAAAAGUUACUUUAGGUCUUUUCUAUUUAGAGUAAUCCAAAAAACCUAAAAAAAAUUGUCCGAUGCAAAAAAAUUAGUUUUAGGAAAAAACAAAAAAAAAAACGUUUAAAAAAAUUGACUGCCUUUUGAUCCUAGAGAAUUUGCCAUAAAAAUUUGUUAAUAGGAGACCUUUCCAAGCAAGAUGGUGAAAAAAAAAAUUGAAUUAGAAUAUUUUUCCGCACAUAUAUUUACGCAUAUUACAUACAUACAACGGUUGAAAAUAGUGUCGCGUCUGCUUGAUUAGCAAUUAAAAAACAAAGGGGUUUUCGAUAUUGUAUUGCAAAAAACUCUUCGGGAUUUCAUCAAUGGAUGUUUAAAGAAUAUCUACCUACCUUGGCAACAUUGAAAUUUUCGGUUUUUCACAUAGUUUAUGAGGGGUAAAAAUGGCCGAUUUCGCAAUUUUCAAAUUUUUAAUCACUUAUAUGUCAAAAACUAUCAACUUUAGAGAAAAGUCACUAAAGAUCUUUUCUGUUUGGAAUGAUCCAAAAAACCUAAAAAAACUUUGUUCGAUGCAAAAAAAUAAUUUUAAGAAAAAAACAAAAAAAACGUUUAAAAAAUGUGUGACUUACUUUUGGACUUGGCAACAUGCAAAUUUGUUAAAAGGGGUCGUUUUUUAGUAAUAUUGUGCAAAAAAUCCGAAUCAGAAUAUUUUUCCUAGCGGAUUCUCAGUGGCUUUCUGGACUAAUCCCGAUGAUACUUACAUAUAUUUAAUUUCCCGACCCGAAGGGGAGGGAAAUUGCCACGAGGACAAUACAAAUCGCUAAGUAAUUUUAAGAGCUCGUGUGUAAUUCGGUAAAAUUAUUUCAUGAAUAAAAUUGUAUCCCUAAAUCAUUUUAACUAAUAUUUUUUUGAUAUCUUCGUCUAUAUAUUUGUUAAACCUGCUCAUGGUUUUCACUUUGGCAAGUUAUAAAACAUUAAUUGUGAUUAAUGUCACUGAAUGUCUAUUUAAUUUUAAAUUUACGUAACAACGAAGGACAUCUGCCGCGCUACUUGACGACGGAUAAUUAUCAAAAAAAUUAUCAGUAGUAACUGCACAAGAGCUCUAAAAUUAUUGAAUUUUUCCCGAGUGACACUUUGAUAGUUUUAAUUUCACGAGCCGAAGGCGAGUGAAAUUAUGUCAAAGUGUCACGAGGGCAAAAAUUAUAUAUUAAUUUUAGAGUUCGAGUGCAAUUUGUUGCGAUUAUUUCAUGAAUAAAACUGUUCAAAACCAAAAUUUUAUUGUAAUUUAUUUAUGUAAGUACAAAUUAGUACAAUUAAACACAAAGUUUUUAUAAAUAUUUGACGAUUGAGAGUCAUCACUUUUAUAAUUUUUAAAACAUUAUUGUUAUUAAUGUCACGGAAUGUAUUUUUUCGUAGCAACGAAGGGCAUAUGACGUAUUAUACUUAACGAUGGGCAAUUAUCAAAAAUUAUCAAUUUAAUUCAGAUUUAUGUAGUUUUCUAUUGGUCAGAAUCUCCUAUGAAUGAAAUAAUCAACGUUAAUAUCACAAGAGGGUGAAAAUAAACUGAAAAUAAUGCGACAUUUUAUCGAAAACUUGUUGCCUGGCAAUAGACACGAGAGCCCACAGAGCUCGAGUUAUUAUUGCCGAAUGGGAACAAGUUUGAGAAACCAAUUGGAGCAUUAUUUUCUUAUUUAUUCUUAGUAUCGUGUGAUAUUCGACAGAUUUUUUUUAAUACUUACAUACAAUUUCUCUGUGUUUAUCUUAAUCUUUUUUAAAUAUUGGAUAAACACAAACUAUAUAUACAUAUGUAUCGAAUAUGAUAUAAAUAAUGCGUAUAUUGGUGAUAAAAAUAUAGAUGACAUGUAUAAGUUGGAUUGUAAAUAAGUUUAAUUAAAAAAGUUCUUUUAAAA